AGCUGAGUUCUAUACCAUGCAUUGAAUUGUGCUUAUUGCUAAUUUUUAUAUGUGGUACCUGUAUAAAGCCUAAACUGGAUUUCCUUCUUUUUAUUCUAAUAUUUUGUGGUUUGUAGUUCAACGCAGAGACAAUAAAAUAUUUUAACAUUGUAUUUUAGUUGUUAGUAAGAAUGGCUUUGAAACUCGAUGACUUUCUUACAAAGAAGAAAGAACCUGCUCAGGUGCUUGAUUUGUCUAAAGCAACUGCUAACACUAAAGAAGACUUUAGAAGGCUUUUGGAAAAAGUUCCUGAAUACAAAAUUCGCCCUGAAAAGGUAAAGCCUGAAGAGAUCAAAAUAAAAGAGAAGGACUUCACAUUCAAGACACCCAAGCGAGAGUUGCGACAAUCCAAAGAGUAUCCAUUUGCAGACCCCGUCCCUCCAGAGAUGAGGGGAGUCAGACUGGAAGACUUGAGUUGUGUCAAUAUCCAGUGGAAGAUGCUCACUACCCUGCGACCUAAGAACAAACAGGACGAGGAGCUGUUCUCCAGAUUGGUGGAGCUUGGAAAACUCCGGUUGCAGACUGAGGAGAGGGAGCGUAAAGUGAACGACUCAGACUUUCUGAGGAAGAUGAAGAACCGUGCAGGUGUGCUGGAGACUCGGCUAAUCUCUUGUAUUGAGUGCGGGGAGGAAUUUUGUAGUGGUGAGCUUUGUACAGACUUCAUGUACGAGUCGUCCAUUCGAGAGAACAAGACUCAGUCUGGCCCAGCAACCACCAAAGCAGGCACACAGGAGCGUGGGCGUACGAAGAAGAGGCGCCCCCGACGAUCCAAGAGCCGACAUAAGAGUGCCAAAAGUAAGAGUAAGAGCAGGGAACGCCGCAAGAGCAAAAGUGCUGAGAGGAAGAAGAGUAUGGAGCGUAAGAAAAGUGUCAGUUUGGAGCGAGUGAGGAAGAAAAGUUCAGAGAAGAGCAAAAGUCAGGAACGGCAAAAACCUAGAACUGCUAAAAAAUAAAGUUUUCUGCAUUAUCUAGCUAAAUUAAUUUUGUAUACCUAGCUUGUUUCAAAAUAUAAUGGAAUCUUUAAAGACUGAACAUUCAUUUCUCUUUUUUGUAUUUACCAGGUAGGAGAAUGCCAUAUUAAAUUUUGCGUAACAGGCUUCGCUGAGUUCCAAUUCCAAUUUCAAGUCUAUAGCGUAUUAAAUUAUUGGUAGAUAGAACUACAGACAAACAUACGUCAAACAAAAGAGAAAUUGUGUCAGCCUACUGAUAGGCUUCAACAAUGCUCAGACAAAUUUUAUGGUUGGGCAUACAACAUUCACAAAAAACUCACUCUUGUCUAUGUAGAAAUGAAGUUUCUUAGAAAAUUUCAAGCCUACAGACGAAAUUUUUAUGAAUAUAUCUUGCCACUUCAUACAAUCACUUUUAGUUAAUUAAAUUGGGUUUAAUAUCAGUGUUUAACCCUAGAAAUUACCAAGUCGUAAUUUACAAUGCUUUUUUCCUGCUUCGAGUACAGACUUAUGCAUAUUACAAUUUGGGUGUUAUUGUGGUGUAAAUGGUUUUUUUAACUCUUGAAAUUGAAUAUUAUGGCCAUAAUUCAAUAAAAAAUGCCUUGUAGAGCAUAAAAUAAAUAUAAAUCAAGUGGUUUUCUUUUCAUAGUAAAGGCAAAAAUGCAAAACGUGUUGUGGGUCUGGUACACUUGUAUAAUAAAAUCACUGAUUCCAACAACUUUCACCCAAGCCAAUCACUGUUAAUUUGAGGUGGGCCCUCCCACUGACUUUACUAUAGACCAGUCUCUCAUAAUCUACCACCAGACCGCAAAAAUCUCUAAUG